AAAAACAAUUCAACGCCAUUUUGGACUUAGGCCUACUUCGCUAAUUAUGAAUUCCGGGAGACUUCGAGUACACCAUUCCCGUCAAAGGAGCUGAGGGUUUGCAUCGUAGCUUUUCUUCCACACCCUCUACUAGUUAUGUGAAUGGCGGUUGCUUUUUCUUCCUCCAAAAUCAUCCCUUGGUGGCGUUAUCGGCUCUACAUGUCAAUAUAUUUUGUCAAACAAAAAAAACACUGACAACCGAAGUGUAGUGCUGUCGCUUAAAUUCCCUAUCUUUUUGAAUGAAGUUGCCCACUGAAGAAGGGGGAACGUUUGCUACAAGGUGGAUCGCUGCCAGCAGCAAGUCAGAAGACGUGGUGGAGUCGUAAAGAUUUUUUUUCCUCGGCUGUGAUACAACGAUCGUUUUGUUCUAAUUAAUCUUUUUUUUUUAAAGAAGACAUAUCCACAAAAAAAAAUUAUCAUGGGAGCUGGUACCAAGCUUGUUUUUGCUGUUUUUCUGAUUUCGUGCUCCUCAGGUGCAAUCCUUGGUAGAUCUGAGAAGCAAGUUUGUAUUUUCUAUAAUGCAGACUGGGAGAAAGAUCGAACAAAUCUCAGUGGGAUUGAGCACUGUGAUGGAGAAAAAGAUAAACGGCGACACUGUUUUGCUACGUGGAAGAACAAUUCUGGCUCCAUAGAAAUUGUAAAACGAGGCUGUUGGCUGGAUGAUUGGAACUGCUACGACAAGGGUGAAUGUAUUGAAACAAAAGAAAGCCCUGAAGUUUUCUUCUGCUGCUGUGAAGGCAUCAAGUGCAAUGAGAAGUUUUUUUAUGUCCCAAUAAUUCAGGAACUGCCAUCAACAUCAAACCCAGUCCCAUCAAGGCCUCCACUGCUGACCAUUUUGCUUUAUUCACUGGUACCCAUCAUGGGAUUUGCUGUAGUUGUGUUGUUCUCCUUCUGGAUGUAUAGGCAUCACAAAUUGGCAUAUCCGCCAGUACUUGUACCAACUCAGGAUCCAGGUCCAACGCCACCUUCUCCUAUGCUUGGUCUAAAACCAUUGCAGUUACUAGAACUUAAGGCCAGAGGGCGCUUUGGUUGUGUAUGGAAAGCUCAACUACUGAAUGAAUAUGUGGCAGUUAAAAUAUUCCCAAUUCAGGACAAACAGUCCUGGCAAAAUGAAUACGAAAUAUACAGUCAACCUGGAAUGAACCAUGAAAAUCUUUUGCACUUCAUUGGUGCAGAGAAAAGAGGGACAAACAUAGAUGUGGAAUUGUGGUUGAUAUCUUCCUUCCAUGAAAAGGGUUCCUUGACAGAUUAUCUAAAAGCUAAUGUGGUUACUUGGAAUGAAUUAUGCCAUAUCGCUGAGAGCAUGGCAAGAGGCCUAGCUUAUCUCCAUGAGGAUAAGCCUGGUUUAAAAGAUGGACACAAACCUGCUAUUGCUCACAGGGAUUUCAAAAGUAAAAAUGUGUUGCUGAAGAACAAUCUCACCGCUUGUAUAGGAGAUUUUGGUUUAGCUUUGCGAUUUGAAGCUGGGAAGUCAGCAGGUGAUACCCAUGGCCAGGUUGGCACCAGAAGGUACAUGGCUCCAGAAGUAUUGGAAGGUGCCAUAAAUUUCCAGCGUGAUGCAUUCCUCAGGAUAGACAUGUACUCAAUGGGUCUUGUGCUGUGGGAAUUGGCAUCACGGUGUACAGCUGCAGAUGGUCCAGUGGAUGAAUACAUGUUACCAUUUGAAGAGGAAGUUGGACAGCAUCCAUCCCUCGAAGAUAUGCAAGAAGUGGUUGUGCAUAAGAAGAUGAGACCUGUUUUUAGAGAACAUUGGCAGAAGCAUCCAGGAAUGGCUGUGUUGUGUGAAACUAUAGAAGAAUGUUGGGAUCAUGAUGCAGAGGCAAGACUAUCUGCCGGUUGUGUUGCAGAACGCAUCACUCAAAUGCAAAGACUAAUGAGCACGAUUACUACAGACAACAUUGUAACAGUAGUCACCAUGGUAACAAAUGUUGACUUUCCUCCCAAAGAAUCUAGCCUAUGAUGGCUAUAAUGGUCACAAACCAGACCAAGGGACUCUACUCCAGAGCUGCUAUCUGCUGAAUUUAUUUGACUGGUUACGACAAACAAUUCAGUAUCUUGUCCUUACACACUUAACAGAACUGGUAGCUAAUGGAAUGGCGCAGGUGGGCAAUGGAAGCAACGGGUACCACAGUCAGUCAGAAAUUAUAUAGAAGAUAACUGGUUGUAGCAUGGAUCGCUCUACUUCAGUAACCUUUAUCUGAGAUACUGGAAGGUAACUGUUUUCUUCCAGCGAAGGAAGCUAAGUCGGUAUCAGAUGAAUGUUUGAGAAUAAGUCAUCGCAGAGUGUGGCUCUCAAGUUUAACAACAUGAGCGUGGCUAAAAAUCCAAGUGCACCAGAUAACUGGUUUAUUGUGAGGAUGUCACCGUUCCUCAGAUGAACUACUGUUAAUUUUUAAUAACAGAAAGAAGGGCAGUUCAUUUUUAUUGCAUUUGCUAUUUGCGUUCACAGAAGAACUAUUGUAAUGCCAAUAUGACAUAGCUUGUGAAUGUUCAUUGUGCUGCUGUUAUAUGUAUCAACAAAUCAAGGUUUUUUGGAACAUAGCAAAGAAGCUUCAAGCAUUACAUUAUAACCAUAAACCUCCCUCAACAAGGUAUACCUCAGUUUCCAUAUUUGAUAAACUAUAUUGGUACUUUUAAGUUUGAUAACACUAACAGAUUUGAAUUGACAGUUGACCUUAAUGUAAUUUUAUGUAUUUUAUCACUGCAUUUUAAAAACAAAUGUAAACUAUACCUUUCUAUGCCAAUGGGAGAAGGCCAUUCAAAAAGUGUUUCUGCCUUUUUUUUCCUUGUGCAAGCUCCAUGUAAUAAUUUUUAACCAUGCAGAUGUCUGCUUUUAAUAGCUCCUUUGCUACGUGAAGCUUUGGAAAUAUCUUUUGCCCCAAAAUUGGCUUUCAAAGCACUUCCUUAUUUUAGAUUUGCUGUGUUUAUAGAGGAUUCAGAUGUAAGCAUGCUUUUCUGUUUUUAAACUUGCAAGAUAUAAUUAACACUGGAGGUGUUUUUAAAAUUGAAUGCUUUUAUUUUGUAAAGUAAUAUAUCCUUUGUUUUCCUUUCAUUAUACAUGUACAGUAAUUUUUGCAUACCUGUUAAAAGUGCAGUCAUUAGUCUACUGUGUCACUGUACCAACAUAACCUCAGGAAUUUGUUACCCUAAACCCUCUCUGUUUUGAGUUGUGGUGACAGUUCUACACUAAUUUCAGUGCCAUUUCAGUAAGUUUAAAAAGAACUUGCGGGGCAACAGAGGAACUUUUAUAAAAAAAAAAUAUAUAUUAAUAUAUGCAAUAGAUACACAUACAAGUCACUGGUACUGACUUCUGUUCCUAAACAAUUACUAUAGUUUUAUAUGA